UUUUGAUUUCCCAUAAAACUGCGUAUGACAAAUGCCAUUGGUUUUCUUAAUAUCUGUGUCACAAGGGCGUUUUUUGGUUUGGAAUAAUAACAACAAGUGAACAUAAAGAAUGCACGACCGAGUGUUUCUUUGUAUAGUGCAACUGUGCAACCUUGAGUUCUACUAGAAUUUUCAACUCAAUUUGCACUUUGCAGGGCCGAUUAUUUGUGUACAAUCAACUGCAGUCCCCAUAAAUUUUGACGGCCAAGGCCAUUUGCAAUGGUCGUAAUUACAUACCAUCUCAAGUCCGUGUGCAUUUUAUGUGUUACGAGCAACCAGCAAAAUUCCUGCAUAGCUGUUUAAUGACACCUAUUCUUCCAUCCACCUGUGUUGAUCUUAAAAGACGUGUGGUGUUUUCGACUGCGCGUGAUCUAACCUUGGAUACACAAUGGCUUGACUAUCGUUAUUUUGAAACUGCGUUCAAGCAGUUAGAUAACUAGUAAAAAGCCGUUAAUUAAAGCAUUGCUGCUACCAGCAGCUGUGGGGGAUUUCCACACCCCCCAAAGGCCCGCAAUGGUGGUCCGAUCCGUGGCAGAAUUGUGGCUGGCGACUGCGGCAUAUGCGUUAUGGUUGUUGAUGCCAUUGUUUUUCUUAUUUUCGUCGGUCGACUCCCAUUUCGUCAACAGCAGUUUAGUGCCCAUGCCCAGCGCCGUGCGCAAUUAUACGCUAAACACCAUCGAUGUGCGGAUGCUCUACGAAUCCGGUGACUGUGCGUGUUUCUGCAAAUUAACUCGUGAGUGGACCGUCUGUGUCGGCAAAGACUGUCUCAAUGUCCCUCGAACCAUCAACAUAUUCAACCGACGAUUGAAAGUGACCGGAACGGAAAUCGCCACCAUCGGUCCGUUGGAUUUCGCUCGAUACUCGGAUUUGCUGGAGCUGCAAUUAGAUGGCAAUCUUCUCACGAAUAUCGAGAACGGAACGUUCGCCAAUCUGAGCCAGUUGGUCAAUUUGAGCAUUUCAUCGAAUCGGUUGGCCUCCAUCUCGCCGGACGCCUUUCGCGGUCUGGUCAGUUUGCGGUCCCUGCGGCUCAUGAAAAACCGUUUUCUGGCUCUUUCUGGUGUUGUUCCAUCCCUAGUCCCGCUGACCGCCCUUCGAUUCCUGUCACUCAGCGACAACACGCUGAGUCGGGUGGAUGCGGCCGACUUUUUACCCUUGCGCCAUUCGCAACUUGAAAUUCUCGAUUUGAGCAAUUGCGAUCUCAAAUACAUCGGCUCCGAGGCGUUUAUGCCAUUCAAGAAACUCCAGCGGCUGAUACUCAGCGAGAACACGAUGCCAGAAGACAAUUUGAUUUAUUUGAUCCACACGAUGCAGGAGACUGGACUCAAGGCGCUGGAUUUGUCUCAGUUGCGCUUCGCCGGAAGUCCACCACGAACACUACUCGAAGCCCUGUCUCGUACGGAUGUCGAGGAACUGAAUUUGAGCAAAAAUACGCUGCCCAGACUCAGUCCUAAAAUAUUCCCGCUCAUGCCUCGCAUUCGUGACCUGGACUUGAGUGCCUGCGGCAUUAUCAGCAUUGAGAACGGCACCUUCAGCCUAAUGCCACUUCUCAUGCGACUCAACUUGGCCCAGAACGGACUAGAAGACAUACCACCGGCCGUCAUGAUCCUGCCACAACUGCAGUGGCUCAGUUUGAGCGGAAAUUCCGGUUCUGCGUACGAAUAUGGCGGUGGCGAGCUGAAAUUGGAGGAUGGCAACUUUGCUCUUAUGUCCAACUUGACAUAUUUGGACUUAUCAUUCAAUCGAGUUGGCCAAGUGACUCGUGAAAUCUUUGACGGAUUGUCCCGGCUCGAGGAGCUCAACCUCAAGAACAACUCGCUCUACAGACUAUCGGAAGGUUGUUUCCAACCGUUGGUUUCACUGAAAAUUCUUCACUUGGAUGGCAACGCUUUCGGCAAGCAAAACUUCAGCCGGUCCACAUUUUAUGGCUUAAACAGUCUUGAAUUUCUAAAUAUGGAUCGGUGCAAAUUAUCCUUCACCGACCAGGAAGCCAUUUUUGCCGGUGCUCCUCGUCUCAGGCACCUGAGUAUGCGGGAUAACCAAAUCGUUUCUUUCGGGAGCCGCAAUCCUUUUGCGGACGCCACUAGUCUCGUCAGUGUUGAUCUAUUCAAAAACCGUAUCCGCGGUUGGGACACGCAGCUCUUUGCCGGCUCGCCCGACCUGGACGUGCUCAAUUUGGCCGAAAAUCAAAUCUCCACCGUUUCCAAAGCUAUGAUGGCCGACAUCGCCAAUAUCUCCGAAGUCGAUCUGCUCGGCAACCCCAUCGAUUGCGACUGCAACUUGGAACCUUUGCGUCGUUACGCUCUCUACCACGAAGACACCGAAGAUAGCAACCUACUCAUCAAAGCUGACCACUGCUCAUCGCCAGACAAGUGGCGGUUCCAACCCAUCACCAGUUUUCUGUUGGAACUCGAUCCAGACCAUUGCUAUUACAACAUUCAAGCGUCCAUCGACGAUCAAGACCCGGAUGUUGAUGCCGACUACUCGUCAUUCAUUAGCCGACCGCACGUGAUCGCCCUUUACAUUCUAAUUCCCACCGUGUGUCUGUCCAUGUUGGUGGGCUAUGCCAUCUACAGGAGUCGUUGGGUGAUUCGCUAUUACAUGUUCCGCAAGAGGUUGAGCCAAACGAAUUUGAUGAGUUCUUCGUCCAUGGCUGAAUUGGAAGGCAACUUCAAGUACGACGCCUUCGUUUCCUACAGCAAUGUGGAUCACGCUUUUGUCGCCCGGAUGGUGGGCAUGCUGGAGAACGCCCCGCCUCAUUAUAAACUCUGCGUCUACGAGCGGGAUUUCACGGCCGGAAACGUGCUUAACGACUGCAUCAUGCAGAGCAUCGCCACCAGUCGUAAAGUGGUGCUCGUCAUCAGUGAGAAUUUCAUCCAGUCGCAUUGGUGCCUGUGGGAACUGCAUCUGGCCCAGCAUUCGCUGCUGGAAGACAAGAGGAACGGACUCGUUUUGGUUGUCGUCGGCAAAUUGAAGCUCAACCAAUGUCCGCCCACGUUACGGUUCCUCAUGAAGACGCGAAUCUACCUGGAAUGGGAUCUCGAUCCAUCCAAGCAGCGCGUUUUCUGGGAGCGGCUACGAGAUGCAUUGGCUCCUUCCUCUUUACUGAAAUCCAUUUCCUUGCCGGACGCUGGAUGAUACUUGUUUUUAUCAUAGUUCUUUUUUUAAUUAUUAUUAUUAAUUAUUUCUUUUUGUCAAAAACACAAUACUUGUCAUGCUGUACAUAGUUAAAUUUAUCGUCAAUGUCCGUAAAGUAAAGUAAAUAAUGUCGCCGAAUUUUCGUUUGAAUCGCAAUAUUAAAUUUUGAGCUAUAAACAUUUUGACUAGUGUGUAAUUCACCAAUUUAAGAAAGAAAAGACUGGUUUUCUCUUUUA